GCUUUUACAAGCUGCUGCUGGCGUUUAAACGAGGAAGUGGGGCAGCUGCUGUAAACCGAGAUGUUCUCUCCAAACACUUUGACCUGAACAAUAGAGCCAUUUGGCCUCAGCUCUGUAUAAAUUGGGUUUACUGGACAGAAAAGGCUGGAAUUGGUCCGGUUAUCGUGACUUCGGUGCACGGCGGAGGCUCAGCUGGUGGCCGCUCCGCUCCUGCUGCUGCUGCUCCUGGCGGAGCUCCUCCCGCCGCUCCGUCCACCUCCACAGGUCGCCUGUCAGGAUGAAUGUGGUGGAGAACAAAAGUCUGCACUCGCAGCUCCGCGACGAGGAGGCUGUGGUGGUGGAAAACGCCGUCAGGCUGGCGAUAGACUCGGUGCUGAACGUGCUGUACGGGCUGAACGGCGCCAGGACCCGGGAGUACCAGCGGAUGGUGGCCGACAGGGACAAAGAGAUCCAGCGGCUCGAGGGCAGGCUGACGGAGAUCGAGCGCGAGCUCCAGGUGCUGCGCCGACACGGCUGCGCGUGCGGGCUGUUCGACACCGGGACCCGGAUCUCCAGUAACCGACAGACAGGAGAGCAGAUCCGGGCUGGAUCAGUGGGGGUGGGCCCUGAGGGGCCAGCAGGGCCACAGGAGUGUGACAUGAGCCUGUCCUUGGGCGUUUAUGCUCCACCCGCCUCUCUUUUCUCCUCGCGGUACCAAGAGUCCAUCCUCCCAUCAUCCCCCAGCUGCCUGGGCGUGACCUCCACCUGCACGUCCCGCUCCUCGGAGGCUUCAGGGCUCACCGAGGCGGCCAGGAAUCUGCCUACAUCUCCCAGCAGCCUCGUGGUGAAGGAGGAGCCCUGCGACGUCGACGCCGUCCUGAUCGAAUGGGAGCUGAGUGAGGAGCGAGCCGCGGAGUCGGAGGAGCGAGCCGGCAGUCCGUGUCCGAACGAGCAGAACCCCGGUGUGGAACACGAUUCCCCAGAACAUCUGGAGAACGGCGAGAGACAGAUGCUGAGGGAGGAAACUCCAGUAAAUCCAGCUGGUUUUCAAUUCACUGCAGGAGAUCAACUGAAGAACAAGAAGAAGAACGUCCCGAUGUCGCAGCUGACGGAGGAGGCUCAGAGGCUGAAGAGGGCUGCGUGGAGAGCUGCCUCCAAGCGAUACUACGCCCGUAAGAUCGCCCGGCAGCAGGCCACGCUGCUGCAGCACGUCGGCCCCGCCGGUCGUCCGGCUCACGCCCAGCGCGGCUGCUUCGGCGACGAGCGGAGGAAGAGGCUGACCUCGGAUUCACCGGAGGAGUCGCAGAUGCAGCGGAGGGAGGUGUGGAGGGCCGCCUCCAGGAGGUACUACGACAGGAAGUCCGCUCGCCACCAGACUGACAGCUCACAGUUCGGACACCUGCCGGAGAACUUGAACCCCGCCGGAGCCACGCCGGGGCCAAACGGAGAGGGGCCCCGUGUUAUCAGGGGGAGGAUCAUGUGCAGCUGAUGAUUCCUAUCAUGCUUUUAUGAUUUUAUUGAUUUUAUUGAGCUUUCAGGGUUUGUUGGGCAAAGGGUGACCCGUUUUCCUCUUUGUGUUGAAAUCUGAAGGAAAACUGGAGUAAAAAAAAAACAAACUUUAAACUGAAAUCGUUCAGAUUUUGUAGCAACAUCAUGAAAACUGAAAUAAAGAGGAGGAAAUUGGUCUACAGCACGUUUCUACCCAACAGUGACUGCAACAGAGAUGAAAUGCACUGAUGCUGGAUUUUGCUUUUCCUUCCUCCUUUCCUUCCUCCCUUCAUGUAACACAAGAAAGCUCAUCUGUGCAAACUGUCUUUUUAACUACUGCAUCUAACAUCCUUUGAUUAUGAAUAAACUACCUGAAUGCAGGUUCAGGUAAUCAAGA